CAUUUUGCGGAAACCUCAUUGGAGUUAUUCAUGUAUGUUCAGUUUACUCAAGGACUGAUAUCAGAAACUUCCUCUCUAUAUAAGUUCCUGGACAAGAUGAGCUUUCUAUAGGCUAUCUCCUUACUGGAAGCCUCAUAAUUCUGCAAAAAUGAAAACCUUCUUGGCCUGCCUUCUUGUUCUUUCUGUUAGCGUGACAGUGUCCAAUGCUUCCUGCUACUUUCUGCCACUGAAGCCAGUGAUCCAUGGUGAUGAGAUUAUAGGCUGCUAUGACAUGAAGGGAGAGCCACAUGAACUCAGUUCUCAUUGGAAGACUGAAGACUGCUUAGAGUGCUCCUGUUUAAGGUCUGGGAUCAGCUGCUGCACCAGCUAUGCAACACCAGUUAAUUUUGACGAAGAAAAAUGCAUAAGCAUAUUCAACAAGACCGCCUGCUCUUACGAAGUAGUGGAGAAAGCCGAUCACUCAAAAAAAUGCGAAGUACAUGAGUGGGUGGGCUAACAAAGAAGAGCCAUGGAUUUGGGGGAGAAGUCCUCUUUUCAUUUCAAGGGUUUUCUCUCACAAAUUUAAAAAUGCUGAAGAAUGCAGCCAUCAAGUGAAGUCUACUCAGACAGAAGUUUCCUGAGUGAUAAAACAGAACCUACACACAAAAGAUUCCCCGUUUCUCUGCCUUCUGCUUCUCUGUGCCGCAAGAACUAACUUAUUACUUCCUAGAUACCCAGAAUUAAAGAUGACCUUAUGCAUCAUCAUCAGCUGAUGAUUUUAAUUUUUCUCUCAUUUCACAUCAGUGCCAAGGAGUAUGUUCUGUUAUCUGCACACAGCUAUAUUUUAAGGCUAAAAAUAAAACCAGAUGAAGCAUCAAAAA